UUACUCUCCAAAUUAAUUCCAAAGAGAGAGAAGAGGUUCAUGGACGAAGGUGGAAGUGGAAUAAAAUGUCACCACACGAUCUCCGCCGUCCGUUCAAACGAGCAGCGAUCUCUGAUCAACAGAGGCACAGGGAACUCUCCCUAUAGCGCCAUGCAUAGCACCGCCGCAACGCCGAACAUCAAGCUCCCUGCUUGGCCUCUUUACUCAACCUCCACUUCAACCCGAACCCGAACCCGAAACCACACCCGAACCCAAUAUCUUUAUUCUUGUCAGAUUAGACUUACUAUGUGAUAGACAUGGUGUGCUGGCGGGAGUACUCGCUCUAUGACUGCGCGGCUGAGUUUAGGUUCUUUUGGUUGAGCUCCAAGCUUGUGGAGACUGGUGCGUGUGACCCGCCUUCGCAGUAUCAUAGAUACAUAAUUAGUCCAGUUCCAGUGUACAAUUGUCACCAGGCUGGUCUAUUUGCAGCUUAUACUGGUGCAGUCCCUUAUGUGAAUGACGGUUUGUUGUUUUAUAACAACGUUUCGUGGAAGAAAAAGACUCCUGGGAGACCCGCCGAACGCCGCAAUGGAGAACGGAUCCGGUGUCCGAAAUUGGAACCUUGCAUAAGAGGCACCGUGCAAGGUGGAGCUCCAGACUCGGGUGGCAAAGAUGAAGAGCGUCGACAACAAGUGCAAAAACUUGUGAAGAUGGGUUUUGCUGCGGCUGAUGUGGGACAGGCUCUGGCAUAUGUUUAUGGUAAUGAAAUCUUGGCUAUUAAAAUGCUGCGCUUUGCAGAGUGUGCAUGGGCCGGUAAUGAUACAAAUACAAAGCUAUGGCAGCCUGAUGAGCAGCAGGUGCAAAAACUUGUGGAGAUGGGCUUUGCUGAAGCAGCUGUCGGAAGUGCUCUGGAAGCUGUUAAUGGGGAUGAAAUCUUGGCUAUUAAAAUGCUUUGCUUUGCAGAGUGUGGACCAGCUGGAAUUGAUACAUAUAGAAAGCUAUGGCAGCCUGAUGAGCAGCAGGUGCAAAAACUUGUGGAGAUAGGCUUUGCUGAAGCAGCUGUGAGAAGUGCUUUGGAAGCUUUUAAUGGGGAUGAGAUCUUGGCUAUUAAAACGCUUCGCUUUGCAGACUGUGGACCAGCUGGUAUUGAAACAUAUAGAAAGCUAUGGCAGCCUGAUGAGCGGUGGGUGCAAAAACUGGUGUCGAUGGUCUUUGCUGAAGCUGCUCAAUGGCAGCCUGAUGAGCAGCGGGUGCAAAAACUUGUGGAGAUGGGCUUUACUGAAGCUGCUGUGAGAAGUGCUCUGGAAGCUAUUAAUGGUGAUGAAAUCUUGGCUGUUAAAAUGCUUCGCUUCGCAGAGUGUGCGCGGGCUGGAAAUGAUACAACUACAAAGCUAUGGCAGCCUGAUGAGCAGCGGGUGCAAAAACUUGUGGAGAUGGGCUUUGCUGAAGCUGCUGUGAGAAGUGCUCUAGAAGCUGUUAAUGGUGUUGAAAUCUUGGCUAUUAAAAUGCUUCGCUUUGCAGAGUGUGCACAGGCUGGAAAUGAUACAAAUACAAAGCUAUGGCAGCCUGAUGAGCAGCAGGUACAAAAACUUGUGGAGAUGUGCUAUGAUGAUGCUGCUGGGAGAAGUGCUGUGGAAGCUCCUGUGAGAAGUGCUCUGGAAGCUGUUAAUGGUGAUGAAAUCUUGGCUAUUACAAUGCUUCGCUUUGUAGCGGAUGGACAGGCUUCGAUCGAUGAGAUUACAGAGUUUCAUAAGAUGGUGACGCAAAAGAUUGUUGCUGAAGUUGCUGUGGAAGUGCUCUGGAUGCUGUUUAUUAUUUUUUUAUUUUUUGUUUUUUUGCUGAACUCUGAAGCUGUUAUUGGAGACGAAAUCUUGGCUUUUAAAUUGAUGAAGUGAAUGAUUCUCCUAUGCAAGUGUCACAUGAGCAUGCAAAUGGAUGUAUGGCAUUCAUCCAAAGUCGUGAACGCAUUAGAGAUGAAGAAAUUCAUUCUCAACUCCAGUCGGACCUUAUCAAUCAUUUAUGGCAAUUUCAUGGCGAGUCGUAGGAACUUGAGUGUGUGAGUUAUGGCAUGUGAGUUUUUAUUGUAAUUUCAUAUGCGUUAUGUAUGUGAACUUUUUGUGGACUACAUUGCUAGUUUAGUGUUGCUGAAAACUAUUUCAAGUGGAGAAGGUGAAUUUUAUGUUGCAUUUAUAAUAUGUUUUCCUUUUGAUAUGA